AGCGCCGCCAUUCAAUUGUAGCGUCACUUGCUAUUCGCGCCGUUUUAAUUCCGUAAUCUUACUUAUUUUUCGUUGAAUUCUGAGUGUUAUUUCGUUACAUUGUUGUUUUAGAUUAGUAAAAUAAUAAAUAAUGGAUUUCGAUAAUGCCAAGGAGAAUAUCCAGCCCUUAGCAAGUGGACGCAAUGUGAGCCUGUUGCAGGCAUCGCUGUGUCAAGAUGCCUCACAAGAGUUGAACGCCCAACGAAAGCAGCUGGAAUUGGAUAUUAAAAACUAUAGUGGCGAUGAUCCGCUGGAGCCGUGGUACAACUACAUCUGCUGGAUUGAACAGAGCUAUCCGGCGGGUGGCAGCAACUCGGGCCUGCAGAAAGUCAUGCACAAAUGUCUAACAAACUUUGAUCGCGAUGAACGCUACAAACAGGAUCGACGUCUCAUUAAGUUGUUUAUCAAGUUUAUGGGCAACCAGGGCGAUAAGAUCGAGUGCUAUCAGGAGAUGUACAAUUGUGGAAUUGGCACCAUGCUUGCCGAUUUCUAUAUUGCUUGGGCCUAUAGCUACGAUCUGGGCGGCAAUAUGCGUAAAGCGAAUGACAUUUUUCAAUUGGGCAUCAAAUGCCGGGCCGAACCGCUGGAGGAACUGAAGGAGGCGCACCAACAUUUCAAUUUCACGGUUGCCCAACGAAUGAUGUACACAGAUGGCGAAGAGUCUGCAGUCGCCACACAAGAGUUAAAUGAUCGUCGCCUGGCGCUGCGUUCGCUGCAUGGCCAGAAGCGAAACAAUACCAUCACAGUGGGCAGCGUACGAACAGGAGCGGCGAUUAAGAGUAAUGUGCCGGGUGUGGUACAGAACGAUGCACCGAGCACGAGUCGAGCCAGUCGCAAUGCCAACCGCCAGCUGGAAGUCUUUAAUGACGAGAAUGCUGAUGUUGUUAACAUGCCACCACCGCCAGCUCCAACAACGGAUGAAGCAGAGCCAGCCAAGACCAGCUUGCGUUCCAUUAUUGAUUCGGCACGCGAACAGGAGAAUCUAAAGGAGCCAAUUGCGUGGAGCAAGCCGCAUAAUCAUGGUAAAAUUUUUGCUGCAACUGCUGCCCACGAUCCGGCAUUUGCCAUCCAUGUGGACGAACAGACAUUGCCACCCAUCACGAACUAUGAACGCAAUUUCGAUAAACCCUUCAAGCGACCGCCGAAUUUUGUGGCAAAGAGUGCACCACAAAAGCCUUGGGUGACGCCAGUAACCAUCGAGGAUGAGCCUAACAGCAGUGCGCUGCCGUGUUACGACAAAUGCCUGACUUAUCCGCGUCCCAACAUGGAAUUCUCGCCGGAGGAGUAUUUGGCUUAUCGCUGGUUUAAGAAGCGUAACGAUCAGCAUCCGUUUGUGCUGCGCAACAACGAAUGGUGGGGCAAUGGAGCAACGCAUGGAGUUCGUCGUUAUCCUAAUUUUGCCACUGCCUCUAAGCCACAGACAAUCGAUCCUAACGAUGGUUAUCUGAAGUUGCCAGAGGUGCCAUCAAUGCGGCCAAUGCUAGAGCAGCUCUACAACGAUGAGGAGGAGCAAGAGUAUCAAAUGGAGGAGAUAUUGGCCAUAAAGUGGCGCACGAAACGCAAUCAAAUGCGUGGUGAAAUGGAUAUGGAGGAGACGGUUUUGAUGCCGCAGGAUAAGAUGCCCAGGCGCAAGAGUUUCUUUCCGGAGGGCGGGCCACCGGGCUCCAUUCGCAAGUCGGUUAUGCCGCAUAUGUCGCAUAUUUCUGAGGAAAACGAUGAAGAGGAUGAGGAGCAACAGCAACCUGCAGAAAAGAAGGCGCCAGAAUCAAGUGCAAUAAAAAUAUGGGUAGACCCAGCAGCUGAGGCGCCAACGACCUCGUCAAAGGCAUCGACAAUUGCAUCAAAAGCUGCAACCGCAGUUUCGCCAGCUUUUGAGGACAAAUUUGUGGCGCCUGCACCGCCAGUGAGUAAAUUUGCGAUACAUGAAGAUGAUGCAUUGCCAGCGCCCGCAUCUCAAUUGAACCCAGCGCCCAGCGCCUUCUUUGAUGCCGACGAAACGUGUUCGACGCAAACGUUCAACAUAUUCCUGAAAUCGCAGGCCGUGAGCACGCCAAAGAUGACACAAAAACAGGCGCCAGUUCGUCAAUUUGGCACGCUGCUCAAGGACACCGCAUCGCCACUGCCGCCCGCUCCUGCUGCGACUGUGGAGGAGGCAAGCGGCGAGGCUAUUGCUCAGCCUGUGUCGCCCAUGAUGCGUAAGCAACUUUCGACCAUCUUGGAGACGUCCGAACAUGGCGGACACGGCAGCUCUGGGGGGACAAAUGCGACCACAAAGUCCACCAUUGUGUCGGCCACAACAGCAUCAUCGGACACGCUGCAGGGCGGCCGACUACAGGGCGCGUCCACGCCGUAUCUGACGCGACUGCAGCGUCAAAUGGUUGCGGAAUUAUCCGAAGAAGAAGAGCCACCCGUUGGCAAUUUCGAGCGUUUGCAACUGUGGGAGCCAAAUGCGCCCAGUGUGCCGCUGCUGAAAUCACUGCAUUUCCAAGAAGACAAAACAGAGACGGUGCCGCGACCUUUGAUGGCCUGCUAUCAGGAGGAUAGAACAGAAACAUUGCCCAAGAUGCCAAUGGCAGUGCCUGAGAUGUCGCUGCUUCAGAGCACAGCGAACGCAUCGAAGCUGUUCCAACAGCCAGCAAUGCCGCAGCUGCGCCAUGAUGAGGAUGAUGAGCUAAACAGUUUGUUUUGCAAAACGCCAGCCAAAUCGAAGGCGUUCGUCGGUGGUUCGCCAGCGUUUGCGGUCACAUCGAAGCGGCCAUGCAAUCAACAGACUCCCGAGUUUAGCAAGAGUUCCAUUAAGCAGACGCAGCUCGCUGCAAAGCAUUCGCUUGAUAUGUUCGAUGAGGUCGCCAGCUCGGGGCCAACAACCAAACCAACAAUGCCGAACAAGACCGAAUCCUUUAUGGCAGAUCUGUCGCUGGUCCCCGAUACACAGGCGGCUCCCAAAAUUCAGCCAGCGCAAAAAAAUUUCGAAUUAUUUCUGGAUGACAGUAUGCUGCCGCCGCCACCGCCAGCUUUGCCGCCAAUGUUGGACUGCACACUGCCGGAGACGCAGCCAGAGACACAGCAUCAGCAAACCGCUGGAUUGGCGCAUUUAACCGCUUCCUUUAUGAAGGAUUGCACUGAGUUAAGUAUUUGCCCGCUGCAAUUGCCGGGGGCCCCGAAGAGUCCACCACCAAAAUUUGAAAUCUUUCUCGAUGAGACGAUGCCACCACCGUCUAAGCCACCAGCAAUCGUUGUAGCAGACACCAGCCAGUCGAAGGGAGGCAGUCAUGCUCUCGUCGAUAAGCUGGAGACAAUUGGACCAGCCCACUUAACUGCAUCGUUUAUGAAGGAUUGCACCAAGCUGGGAAAUCCUUCGCCUUCAAUGAAACUGAAGGUACUCGACGAGUCAGCGGACAAAUCCUCAAAGACAUCGUCUGGGCAACCAGCGGACUGUGAUUACUUUGAAUUGAAUGCAGCCACCGAAAUGUUUGCCAGCGAUUUGAGCAUAAUUAAGAACUCCACAUUGCUGCCGACGACAAGCAAGCGAAGCAAUUCGCCUGUGGAGCAGUUGAAGCCUGUUGCUGUCACCGAGUUGCCGCACAUCACCAUUGAGAAGACCCACGACCACGGCGAUGAUAGAUCCAUUUACUACAAGACAACGCCGUUGUCGCCAAAACAAUCGCAUACUACGUGGCAUCAGACGAGCGCGUGCACGCCGCCAAGGGAGACGUAUGAGCAUCGCACGCCCAACAUGAAUGAGUCUGUGUUAAAUAGCACGCUGGCUCAAAACAAUGUGAAUCCUUUUAAUGCGGAUAUUAUCAACUCGCUGCUUGAUUCCAUUGAGUUCUCGCAGUACAUCGAAAAGUUGCCCAAUUGCCAGCUUAUGGGACAUGUGAAGCGUUUGGCGCCACAGUCAGUGCUGGAAGUGUGUGGCGAACAGUUUGAUGUGAACAAAAUGAUUGGCAAGGGCGCAUAUGGAGCUGUGUUCAUUGGGGAGCACAAGGCGUCGGGCAAUAAGGUUGCACUCAAACAGGAGAAACCCACUAACUAUUGGGAAUAUUACAUAUGUCUUGAGGUGCAUUCACGGCUGGCCAACGAGGAAAUGAUUGGCGGCUUUAUGCACAUCGACUAUGCGCUUGUGGGCAACAACUGCAGUGUUUAUAUCUCUGAAUUCUCCGAGUAUGGUUCACUCAUCACCGUUUGUAACAAAUAUAAGAAGUACACCAACAAGAAUGUGGAUGAAUAUGUCGUUAUGAUGCUGUGCUGUCAGCUGCUUGAUAUCGUCGAUCAUUUGCAUGCGAUGGGCAUCAUUCAUGCCGACAUCAAGGCAGACAAUAUUCUGCUUAUGAAACCCGUCAGUACGCAAGCAAAGGAGCUCAGUUUGCAGUUGAUUGACUUUGGGGUGUCCAUUGACACCAAACUGUUUCCGCCUAAGCAAACAUUCGACUAUGUCCACAAUGAUGAUGACUUCAAGUGCAUUGAGAUGCGCACUCAGCGUCGCUGGACGUAUCAAUUGGAUUUGUUUGGACUCGCUGGAGUGAUGCAUGUGCUGCUCUUUGGCCGCCACAUGGAGGUGGGCCAACGUCAGGCGGGCGGCAUUUGGAUGCCCAAACAGGCAUUUCCACGUUAUUUCAAUCGCCAGACAUGGGAGUCGGUCUUCCGGGCGCUGCUCAAUGUGCGCGAUUGCCAAAGCAUGCCCAAUUUACAGGAUUUGAAAACGUUGCUCAAAUCCGACUUGGCCGAAAAGGAGAAAUAUGUGGAGGCGGCCAUAGCCAAGUUUAAUAUGGUCAUGCAGAGGAAACCUUAGUCUAGAGCUUAAUUUAGUCAAGUGUUUAAAUUUAAGAUACUGUUUUCAGCCUCAAAAAUAUUCCUAAUAAAAACAGCACUUUUUUGCGUUGAUAAAUA